GAGCCAUUUUAGCCACAGAGCAGGUGAGGCUUGAAAGCGGGAUAUUCUUAUGCCAGGUUCCGCUCUGCUUGCAGAUCAAUCACAACGUACUAUUGCUCCACUCUACGGAGUAUUAUUCCAUGCGUAAACAAUUUGAUAAACUCCCUAUGAACUUUUAAAUUUAUACAGAAACAUACCGCCCUUUUCCUGUCACGAUGGAUCUCGCAUAUGAUCAUAUCCAAGAGGAAGCUCUCCAACCCGAUCAGAAUAAGGAGAAAUCAACACAGCCUGCCCCGACGCUCAAUGCCGAUUUCCAAGAAGCAUAUAAAGCUAUCUCUUCUAGUCCUUGGGGUGCGAAGUUAGGUGGAUUCUUUGGAAGUGUUGUCAAACAGGGCGAGAAUGUUUAUAAAGAGGCUCAACAGGAGUUCAACACUGUUAGUGAGGAGGCUACCAAGGGAUUCACAGACCUAAGGUCUUCGAUCAUCAGUCGCACACGAGGACUUACGAUUACACAAGCUCAAGAGGAUGAGAAGGCGGCAGCAGGAGGGUCUACAAGCAAAGAUGGGGAGUCGACUUCGAAAGAUCUCACAACAGAUGAGGCAUUAAAGGAAUCGGAAGGUGUUUUAGCGAGAUUGAAGACCGAGGCUGCGAAGAGAUUAGUAGAGAUUCAAAAGGCAGAAGAUGCAGCAGAUGAAGCGCUCCUAAAGUUUGGAACAAACAUCCGAAACUUCUUGAAAGAUGCUGUUAGCAUUGCACCACCUACCUCGAAUGCAGAUGGACAAGCCAAUGCCGUUCUAUUCGAGAGUAAGGAUUCUCAAGGGAAGAGAGUUAUCCAUACUACAAGAUUCGACGCCCAACUCCAUGUCAUUCAUUCUACACUCGAUAGCUUCACCACUGAUCCAAUCAGCGAGGAAUUUGAACCAUGGACUAAGACUUUCAAUGUUGAGAAGAAGACUGAUGAUAUCGCUAAGGACUUAGAAAAAUACGAAGAAUUAAGAAGUUCAAUGGAAAAACUGGUACCAGACAAGGUCAAAUACGAGGACUUUUUCAAACGAUACUAUUUCCUCCGACACAGUAUCGAAACUGCUGAGGCUAAGAGGAGAGAUUUACUCAAAGGUGCUGUAGCAACUGAACAAGAAGAAGAUGUAAAAUGGACAUCUGAUUCUGAAGAAGACUCAGAAGAAGAGGAUUCCGAUGACGAUGAAUCUGAAGAUGAAGAUGACAGAGCUGCGAAGGUCAAGACAACUUCCGAUAGACCAGCUUCUGCCGAAUCGUCUACCACUUUACAUCCUGCGACACAAGAUAAGGAAAAGUCCACUGCUACAUCUCCAACUCCAACCCUCAAACCAACUGAACCAAGAAAAUCAAACGAUGAAAAAUCUCAAGCGGACAGCGAUGGUAGUUAUGACGUUGUGGGUGCGGCGUCGGGAGCUCCUAGUCGGGCUCCUAACAGUCCAAAGGAAAAGGUUGCAGGUGCAGGAGUAAAGAAGGAAGAGAGCGACGACGACAGCGAGGAGGAGGAUUGGGAAUAGAUAUUUUAAGUGUGUGAGGGGAACUGAAUAUAUUCUGAUGAUGACACAGGCGUUGUGGAUAAUUUGACACUAGGAGUUUUGGGAUUGGAUUUCCCCCCCUUUUUUUUUCUGUUAUGUUAUUAGCGACCUCUUUCAUUGAAAGAUGCAUUUCCUGUGCCUUUCUAUGCUAUUGCUGUUGCUAUUACUAUGCUUACAGAUAUCCGCAUUCGGUCUUGAGACCUGUAGCCAAUAGAUUGUGUUUCUUCA